AUGGCCAGGCUGAUUGCAAACGCGACAGAAACUGCUGAAAAAACGGCCUUGUCGUCGACGGGGUCAUUAUUACAGCCUCGAGGCACACAGCAGACAGUUAAUUGGGAUCUUGAAAUUGCAAGCAUGAUUGAUCGACUUCCUCAGUCUAGCCCGAUUUCCCCAACGCCCAACAAGAGGCUCCUAAAUGAAAGCAGUGGCCUUGUGGUCGUCUUAACAGGCGUUACGGAAUUUAUCGGAACGCAUCUACUGUCACGUCUCAUACAAGACUCAAGAGUAGUAAAAAGUCACAAGGUCGUCGAAUAUUCGCUGAUCGAACACGCUUAUGCCAUUAUCCACAAUGGCGCCGAUGUAUAUCUCUUAAAGACCUACCAAUCCCUACUACGGGCAUUACCACGCAUUGGGCAGAAGGAUGUUACAGGACAAUGGGACUUCGUCACGGCCGAGGAUGUGGCGAGGGAUAUAGCCGAGUCGGUCAUUGGAUCUACCAUGGGUCAUAUCAAUUCGGCACAGCGAGCAUAA